GCAGCCCUGCGGUGGGCGGGAGAGACCUGCGCUCGGGAGGGGAGGCCGCGCAGCACAGCUGUUGCCGGGACGAUGGCGGGGACGGCGCUCAAGAGGCUGAUGGCCGAGUACAAACAACUAACGCUGAAUCCUCCGGAAGGAAUUGUGGCAGGUCCUAUGAAUGAAGAGAAUUUUUUUGAGUGGGAGGCGCUGAUCAUGGGCCCAGAAGACACCUGUUUUGAGUUUGGUGUGUUUCCGGCCAUCCUGAGUUUCCCCCUGGAUUACCCGUUAAGUCCCCCGAAGAUGAGAUUUACCUGCGAGAUGUUCCAUCCCAAUAUCUACCCCGACGGCCGAGUCUGCAUCUCCAUCCUGCACGCCCCGGGCGACGACCCCAUGGGCUACGAGAGCAGCGCCGAGCGGUGGAGCCCCGUACAGAGCGUGGAGAAGAUCCUCCUGUCGGUGGUGAGCAUGCUGGCAGAGCCCAAUGACGAGAGUGGCGCCAACGUGGACGCUUCCAAGAUGUGGCGGGACGACCGGGAGCAGUUCUGCAGGGUCGCCCGGCAGCUGGCGCAGAAGUCGCUGGGGCUGUGAGCCCGGCGCACACGGACGCGCAGUGACUGGGACACUCUGCCGGCACCGAACCAGUGAGCUUGCAGAAGCGCGGUGUCCGGCCCCCCGCCUCCCCCGCCCCAAACAGGCUUCUCCUCUGAAACGGCGAUUCACACAGGAUGCUGACGCUGGGCGCACUUUGACCCUGUCCGGGCAGGCGGAGCUGCGGCCCCCUGCCCUCCCCUUCCCAGCUGCCCCCCCCCCCAGGUAGUGGCUUCCCUCCCCUCGCCGUGGGCGGGCGGGGGGCCGGGCCUCGAGGCGCAGGAGGGGCCAGCGGCGGGUGGGCGGGGCAGCUCUGGUGCGUGGUCCCUGCGCCCGGAGGGGACGGUCCCUGCGCCCGCUGCGCUUCCUAGUGCUUCCAGGUGUCGUCCUUGUCAUCUGGUCACAGCUUUCUGUUUGUUGCGCGUUACAAACCUAUCACGCUUAGAAAUGCUUUCAGGAAAUAAACACUUUUUAAAACGUGGAUUACUGAACGGUGGGGUGUGUACAAGCGGGGUUUACCGCUGGUCGUAGGAGUGGCUGCCUCUUCCCGGUCCUGCUGAGCGGAGACUGGCCCUGACGUCCUGGUUACGGUGCCUCACUAGAGCAGGGACACGCGAGCCUGGACCUUCGGUCAGUGGCUUCUGGAUGCACGUGGGGACGUUCUGACGUUCUCUGUGUGGUGGCUGCAGCGGGAACGUUCAUUAUUGAGCCUGUUUUAACUUGGGGCUGGAAGGGAAUGUGCACCCCUAGUGAGUGCCGGGUGCAGAGGUGCGCCUUACCCCGACCUUGACCUUGACCGGGCGCCUUGGGCCCCAGGGCAGGGACGGGGCACUUAGUGUGGGGUGUGACACGGCCUACGAGGUGGUCCCUGCUCACACGCGGGGGGCUCUGUGACAAGCAGUAACACAUCUGUUGCAGAAUCAGAUACGUGGCCUGUCAGGUCACACCCAGAUAGGAAUUUCUAUUUUUGAGAUAAGGGACAGUCUGCAGGUCACACCGUAGGUUUUACUGCACAUCGUCCUCUUAACCAUGGGCCCAGCGGGCGGCAGUCUGUCUCGCUGACCCGACACGUGAUUUCCCGGUGUUCACGGGAGUGCCGGGGAGUGCGGCCGGGCCCCACCCCUGCUCGGCUCUGUAAGGAAACCGGCUUCCUUCUCAGAAGGGAACCUGUCAGGCUUGGGGCUCAGUACGAGGACUUGGACCGGAGGGGACCGGGGAGGGACAGGUGUCGGACCGGAGUAGUGUUGGCAGGCGUGUAGAGCGAGGCGCAGCUCUCCCCGUGGAGAUGUCUGUGGGGGGGGGGGUGGUCAGUGGACACGGCAGGCGCUGUGGCCACGGGGUUUCCGUGAGAUCUGGAGAAGGAAGAGAGCGGAUCUCUUUGCAAACAAAAUAUUUUUAUUCGCUUGUAUUUAUUAAAUGGAAACAGAACCUCAUGUUGUCCUUACUCUGUGGUGUUUAAUUACUAUGUUAAAAAUAAAGUUCUAUAUUUUCCCUGUU